AUGAACCAGACACAGCCGUAUAUGGACGUGCAUUCCUCGCACUUUUCAUCUCCCCAGUCGUAUGCCUCCCAGAGUGCUACGGCAGGAGCUUUAGUUCCUUAUUCGCAUUAUCAACAACAACCGCCGGUUCUGCAGCCCGGUUCGACGGCCUAUCCGUCGACUGCGAAUUCCUAUUCUCAAUAUGGAUAUGCAAAUGGCGUUACUUCAACUCAGUCGACCACGCAGCCGCCGACUACGUCCAUUCCCAGCCAGAUUCCUGGUCAGCUGCUGCCCUUACCAGCUAUGACAAGUCAUACAGUGACGCCUCAUGGAUACGUCACUGGUUCUAAUCAACAACCCACUCCGGGACAAGUUUACGAUACAACCGGUCAGCUUGCGCCUCCGGGAGCGAAACCGAGGGUGACUGCUACUCUGUGGGAGGACGAGGGUAGUCUCUGCUACCAAGUCGAAGCCAAGGGUGUCUGCGUUGCUCGACGUGAAGAUAACCACAUGAUUAAUGGGACGAAGCUUCUCAAUGUUGCGGGAAUGACCAGAGGUCGUCGAGAUGGUAUAUUGAAGAGCGAGAAGAUUCGCCAUGUUGUGAAAAUUGGACCGAUGCAUCUGAAGGGCGUGUGGAUCCCCUUCGAACGUGCCCUCGACUUCGCCAAUAAAGAGAAGAUCACUGAUCUGCUCUAUCCGCUCUUCGUGCAUAACAUCGGGGGCCUGCUGUAUCAUCCCACUAAUACGAGUCGAACCAAUAUGGUGGUGCAGGAUUCGCAACGACGACUGGAAGGAACACAACGAAGCUCGCAGGGUCCGCAAGCUCCGACACUUCACCACCAUCACUCAAUGCAGACAUCUGUGAGCUCUCACAUGUCACAGCCACCAGCCCCGUCAAUACCCCCUCAACCCAGCGCUCGGCCUGGGCUGGAUCGAGCAAAUACAUUCCCCACGCCACCGUCAAGUGCAACUAGCCUGAUUCCUAUUUCCAAUCAGCAAAACACAUACGAAUGGGGUAGCCAGAACAUGGCCUCUGGAUCGCAGCAAUUGUCCAUCGACGCAGGGCUGAGCAAUGCUCGAUCUAUGCCAGCUACACCGGCUACAACUCCCCCAGCAAACAACCUGCAGGGCAUGCAGUCAUAUCCGACUCAGACCGGUUAUGAUAGUUCCAAGCCAUACUACUCUACAGCCCCCCAGUCGCAGGCGCAGUAUGCGCCCCAACAAUCAUUAGCCCAGCCAAACAUGACGAGCUACGGUCAGGCGAUGGCCACAAACUCUUACGUGAAGAAUGAAAUGGCGCCCCCAUCCGCGAGGCCAUCUGGCGUCCAAGGGGAGGCAGAACCAGUUGAGGUGAAAUCUGAGCGCUAUGGUCAAACAAACGGGCAGGUCAGCCAAGGAGCAGCCGAGGGAGAGCCGGCGGUUCACGAGCAGGAAUCCGAGUAUCUCAACGAUAACGGUGCGGCCUACAGCACCAACCGCAACUCCUACACCUACACGACGAAUCCGUCUGUGGGAUCUCUAGUGGGAGAACAGUCGCAAAUAACCCCGGCUAUGACUGGUUCACCAUCCCAGCAAAAUGGUACCGAUCAAAUGACUCCUCGCACCGCCGGUGGGGCUCCACAGUGGGCUCAGGGAUACAAUAAUACACCUCCCAAAUCCGCACAGUCGAGUAGCCUGUACAAUAUUGUCAGCGACACACGCAGCACGGCAACCAACGGAAAUACCGCAGACUCGUUUCCUGCAGCAAAUACCGCCUCUGGUUAUUCAGCUUCUGUGAACGGUUCCAUGGGCUCGACAAAGCGGAUUCGAGAGGACGACGAUGAUCGGGUUGCUCGACCAGACAGUGGCGGGGGAGAGUACGAUCAUAAGCGUCGCAAGACCUUGACCGAAGCGCCCGUUGGCGGGCCUGUUGGCGGGCCCCUGAUCAGCCUUCAGCCUGUCAAGGCAGGAGUGAUGUCCCGGCGACGAUGA